GUGCUGAUCAACAUCUCGGGGCUGCGCUUCGAGACCCAGCUGGGCACCCUCAACCAGUUCCCCAACACGCUGCUGGGGGACCCGGAUAAGCGCAUGCGCUACUUUGACCCGCUCCGCAACGAGUACUUCUUCGACCGAAACCGGCCCAGCUUUGACGGGAUUCUCUACUUUUACCAGUCUGGGGGCAAGCUUCGCCGGCCCGUCAAUGUCUCCAUCGACGUCUUUGCUGAUGAGAUCCGCUUCUACCAGCUGGGUGAGGAGGCUAUGGAGCGCUUCCGGGAGGAUGAGGGCUUCAUCAAGGAGGAGGAGAAGCCCCUGCCCCGCAAUGAGUUCCAGCGCCAGGUCUGGCUCAUCUUUGAGUACCCUGAGAGCUCCAGCUCAGCCCGGGCCAUCGCCAUCGUCUCUGUGCUGGUCAUCCUCAUCUCCAUCAUCACCUUCUGCUUGGAGACCCUGCCAGAAUUCAGGGAUGAGAGGGAAAUGCCUGUACCCCUGCCCCCACAAAGUGGAGGUUUGAAUGGCACGACUGGGGACUCUCCAGCCAUGCAGCCACCCAGUAGCUUGUCUGAUCCCUUCUUCAUCAUUGAGACCACCUGCGUGAUCUGGUUCACCUUUGAGCUCCUUGUCCGCUUCUUCGCCUGCCCCAGCAAGCCUGAGUUCUCCCGCAACAUCAUGAACAUCAUCGACAUCGUGGCCAUCAUCCCCUACUUCAUCACCCUGGGCACCGAGCUGGCCCAUGAGCAGCAGCAGCCUGGGGCUGGCAGUAGCAAUGGAGGAGGGGGCCAGCAGCAAGCCAUGUCUCUUGCCAUCCUCAGAGUUAUUCGCCUGGUCAGGGUCUUCAGAAUCUUCAAGCUCUCCAGGCACUCCAAGGGUCUGCAGAUCUUGGGACAGACUUUGAAAGCCAGCAUGAGGGAGCUUGGCCUCCUCAUCUUCUUCCUCUUUAUUGGGGUGAUCUUGUUCUCUAGUGCAGUAUAUUUUGCUGAGGCCGAUGACCCUGAGUCUCAUUUCUCCAGCAUCCCUGAUGCUUUCUGGUGGGCAGUGGUAACCAUGACCACUGUGGGCUACGGGGAUAUGCGACCUGUCACCGUGGGGGGCAAGAUUGUGGGUUCCUUGUGUGCCAUUGCAGGUGUGCUCACCAUCGCCUUGCCUGUCCCUGUCAUUGUAUCCAACUUCAACUACUUCUACCACCGAGAGACUGAUCAUGAAGAGCAAGCUAUCCUCAAAGAUGAACACAGUAGUGCUCAGGGCAGCACAGCGGGGGGAGAUACGAAAAGAAGAUCCAGUAGAAACUCUCUGAACAAAUCUGUUGUGCACUUGGAAAACAGUGAGGGUUUCAACAAUGGCACCAGCUCCUUAGAGAAAGCCAAUAUAAAAGCAAAAAGUAACAUAGAUCUCAGAAAAUCCCUCUAUGCUCUCUGUCUGGACACCAAUAGGGAAACAGACCUGUAA